GAGGCGGCCCCCUCUACGUCAUCCUAUAGCACACUUCCGCGUUACCUGACCGACAACAACUCAACACGGUCGGACUAACUAACUAACUAACAAAAACAAACGUUGUUAAAUGACUACAAUACAUUAUUGAAGACUUACGCAGCCACGAAUGGCUGAAAACCUAAAGACUGAGCUGGUCAGCGCCAUCCACCUGCAGGAAGUGGAAUUGUCGGACAGGUCGUCUGAGGGCCAACAGGAUGUGAAAAACAAUAGUGACACCUUCACGGUGGAGGAAGCCGUGGAACACAUCGGAUUUGGAAGAUUUCACGUGAUGCUCUUUAUCAUCAUGGGAAGCACCAACAUCGUGGAGGCCAUGGAGAUCAUGUUCCUGCCGGUGGUUGCUCCUGAGAUUCGUUGUGAGUGGCGUCUGGAGGACUGGCAGGUGGCGCUAGUGUCCACGAUGGUGUUUUUGGGCUUCAUGCUGUGCGGCGUCCUGAGUGGAUACUUGGCUGACAAAUACGGCCGCUGGAAGGUUGUUUUUGGAGGUUUCCUGUGGAGCACCUACUUCUCCUUCCUCACCUCCUUCGCUCCGUCCUAUUCGUGGUUCAUCUUCCUGCGCAGCAUGGUGGGCUGCGGCGUGGCUGCAGUGUCGCAGGGGUUUGUGUUAAAGACCGAGUUCAUUCCAGCCAAAUAUCGAGCUGUCCUGUUGCCAUUGGCCUCCAUCUUUUGGAUGACAGGAACCAUGCUGAUCAUCAUCCUUGGAAUGCUGGUUGUUCCAACACUUGGCUGGAGGUGGAUGAUCCGCAUCUCCAUGUCCCCCAGCAUCAUCCUCAUGUUCCUCUUCCAGUUCAUUCCUGAGUCGGCUCGCUUCAACGUGUCGGCAGGAAACGUUCAGGCCGCAGUGGACACGCUAAACUGGAUUGCCAAGAUGAACAAAGCCUCUCUUCCGCCGGGACGUCUGGUGGAGCCUGUUGUGGAGAAGAGAGGCAACUGGAGGGUUUUGGUGGGGCCCGCCUUUAGGAGGACAACUUUGCUGCUCUGGUACUCAUGGUUUGUGGCGUCCUUCACGUACUACGGGUCGGUUCUGAGUAGCUCUGAGCUUCUGGAAAAGAACUUAUUGUGUGUGACCGACGGCGACCACGAGCAUCAGGUCAAACAUCUCACUGAGGACGAACGCUGUUACUGCAUCCCCUUCGCCAACAACGAUUAUCACACGCUCCUCAUCAGCUGCUUGGGAGAGGUUGCACUUAUCCCAGUAAACAUCUGUCUGCUCAACGUGUUCGGAAGGAAGAGGUCUUUAAUGAUGUUGCAGCUAGGGGCGGCCGUCUUCUUCCUGAUGCUCAACAUCUGUACCACAAUGUUGGGCUUCACCGUAAUUUUGUUCCUGCUACGCUCUCUGGUCUCAAUGAACUUCACCGUAGUUUAUAUCUACACGGCGGAGGUGUAUCCGACUGUGGCGCGGUCGCUGGGGAUGGGUUUCUCCACGUCGUUCAGUCGUAUCGGAGGAAUGAUUGCUCCUUUCAUCGCUCAGGUGCUCAUGUCUCAGUCUGUGAUCCUGGCGCUGAGUCCGUUCGCCACGGCGUGUGUGCUCUGUGCUGUGGGAAGCUUUCUUUUGCCGAUAGAAACAAAAGGUCGAGCUUUGCAGCAAAUCUCCUGACCCCACUACCUGAACAAAGAAUAUUUUAUUCAUUAUUUUCUAACAUGAAAGUAACUCACUGCAGUUGGAAUGUUUAGGUGCUUUUUAAAAAAGGUUGACUUUUUGAAAAUUUGCACAGGUCUUUGUUAAAAUAACGUUGUUGUUUUUUUUUACACUCCUACAGUCUGUUUCAAAUAGAUCAGUGAUUCUCGAACGAGUGGUACAGACGCUUUAUCUAGUCGUACGUCAAAGACUCACUUUGUUAAAGUACAGUGUUUUAUUUUCUUAUAUUCAAACUGUUUGUAAUGUGACCUUGGCCAAACAUAUUAAAUGUAAUUGUUAUUAAAUAGAACCUCUGUUGUAUUUCAAAGAAUACUUAGGCCUACUGGCCCUGCGAUGAGGUGGCGACUUGUCCAAGGUGUACACCGCCUUCCGCCCGAUUGUAGCUGAGAUAGGCUCCAGCGCCCCCCGCGACCCCGAUGGGAAUAAGCGGUAGAAAAUGGAUGGAGGGAUGGACUUAGGCCUACUGUGCAACUGUAUUUUAACGUGGGUCAUUGCGGUGCUUGGAGAGCCAAGUUUUUCCUGAGGUGGUACUGGGUGGAAAAAAGUUUGAGAACCACUGAAAUAGAUAUUAGUUUUUUUACAUUCUUAAACAUCUUUUUUUUUAAUUACAUGUGUCAAACUCAAAGCCCAGGGACCAGUUUUGGCCUGCCACAUCAUAUUAUGUGGCCCGCAAUAGCCUGGAAAUUAAAUGCGUCAAUAAAGUACUUGACAGAACAAAAAAAUACAUGAACCGUAUGCAAUUGCAUAUCUUUUCAACUUUAAUAUUAUAUAAUAAUGUAAAUAUUACCAUACAUUCCAAGCUUGUUUUGUUGAAAUACGAAUACAUGCUCAAAUAUCUGCUUAAUUGCGUUAUGAUUUUAAAGCAAGUAAUCCAUCAAACUGUACACUGUAAAAACGUCUCUAGAUUUUAUAGUAGAAAACUUGCAAUUCAGUUGCCAAAAUUGUACCUUAAAACCGUGGUACGUUAUUCCAUUUACAGUAAAUGCUGUAAAAAACGCAGUACAUUUUAUGUUACAAUUCCAGCGACUGAGCAGCCAGCAAAGUCUACAGAUUUAUUUUUAGUGUAUGUAAAAUAUAUGUAUAAUACUGUAAUCAUAUUCAUAAGCAAUUGUGCAACAUCAUGAAGCGAAUCCUUAUUUUUUAUAUUCACAUAUUAUUCACCCUUACAAACGGCCCCCUGAGUGCAGCCUCAUCUGCAAUGUGAUUUUGUGUCCAAAAUGAGUUGGACACUCCCGUUUUCAAU